UUCCCUCUCCCUUCUCUCCAGGCUUCAACUUCUUCCUAUCUAAUUUCUUGUCUGAAAUUUGAAAUCUUUCCUUCGGAUAUCAAAUCGUCAAUCUCAUAACUUCUCUUCGUAUCUCAUCGGAUCAACCAUUUUAUCGAGAACUACACAUUCCUAGAUUUCAAGAUCCAAUAUCUUCACCAUCUGAAGCCUCCCCACCACCAACAAACAUGCCACGCAUCCACGCCCCUACGCACAAAACCCCUAGCAAAUCCAAAUCCAAAUCCAAAUCCCACAAAUCCUCUCUUCCUACACCUCCCAAACCCAAACGUAACAAAAAUUCCUACAGCAACGGUGCUCUCAAGCCCAUUUUCAGCGGUUGUAAAAUGUCACUCGCGGGCGACUUCAUCGCCGAGCAUCCCGGUCCCAACGCCGAAUCCCAGUGGAACUAUGAGAAAAUUAGUAAAUGGAUUACGGUUCAUGGAGGCGAGUAUGUGAGGGAUGUGGAUAAGUAUACGACGCAUUUGAUUGUGACUAUUAAGGAGUACAAGAAGAAGGGGGCUCAGGUCCGCAAAGCCAUGGCUAUGGGGAAACGAUGCCAUAUAGUUGUCAUCGACUGGCUAGUCGAUUGCCUGACUCUAAAAACUAACAAGAAAAAGAAACUCGUCGUCACGGGAUAUACACUCGGCCGUGUAAUCCGUCGUUUACAUCAUACUGAAGAUCAGAAGAUCAAGUACCGACAGAGAUUCGAGGAGAAUGUGAAAGCGAGUAAGGAAUUGUGUGAUGAUCGACUCAAUCAUGUUUAUAUCGAUCAGACGAAUUUCGAAUAUAAAGUCGUCCUCACCCGUGUUCUUCUGCAUGGUAAAAAUAAAAAUCAGAAAUAUACAGUUUACCUCUUCGAAUCCAAUGCUGAACCGCAUACCUAUAUGGCCGGAGCAAAACUAACGACUGCAUAUCAAAGUCCCUCUUAUCUUCGAGAAGAUUGUCGUCCCAAAAUCUUCCUCGCCGCCUUCUCCGACUUCAAAACCAUCUUCAAAUCCAAAACCGGCAUCGAAUGGGACGAUCGCUACGAGCCCCUCCCAGAAAACCAUCCUAAAGAUUUAUUCCGGUUUCAAAGACCUACCCUAGGUCGACCAAUGGGACAGCUACUAUCUUGGCGCAAGGCGCCCAGCUGGAAAGACACCGAAUCUAUUUCCAAUGCCAUAUUCCACGAAACCGGAGUGGAUUCCUGCGGUGAAGAAAUCCGAGAUAGAGAAGAAGACGCCGAAGAAGAAGAAGAAAGCAGCGAAGUCGAGAAAAAAGAGCGCGAGAAUGAGAGGAGAAGAGAGAGAAUGAUGACGAUGACGCUGGAAGAAUCCCGAGCGAUCGAGGAGAGAAAGAGAAAAGAAGAUUUCGAAUAUGAUAGUGAUAGCGAAGUGGAUGACGACGAUGUAUUCGAUGAGUUGAUGAGGGGUUCUGUAUCUUCUCCUAUUUCUACACAGCGUCACGCACACCGAGCGCUUCUUCCUAGACCGCAAAACUCGUCGGGUUCGCAGAAGGGAAAUGUGAUCACGGUAUCUGAUUCAGAUCCCGAGACGAAUAGCAGCGAUUCGAAUACCGAGGAUGAAAAAAUGGAAAACCCAGUCUCUCCUCCCAGAACUACCGCCACGUCCCGCUUUUCGCAAGUACAACCCGCAUUUUCCACCUCGGGAAAUUCAGUCGAUGAUGCGAUCAUUCUAUAAAAAACGAUGCGUUCACAAAAAAUCUAUCUAUCCCCAGAAUAUUUGCAUCUUAUAUCACAUCCCAUUCCUACCUCUAUAUCC